GCAUUGAACCUUUGAUCCUCCUGCAGCUGGGUGCUGUGGAACUGGGUGAACAACUUUGACCUGUAUGCCACCUGCACGUUGGACUACACUAACACAUGCAAAAACAACGCAAUCACCGUAGACAUAUUGGCUUGAGGAAGGCAUUCCGGUGUUAGAAGCCACCAUGUCACUCCACCCGGCUCCAGAGUCCAGCCUCUUCUGUAACGCCACCACAGAACAACUCCUUACAAACAUCACCAUCUUAUCAUGGACGGAAAGCGUCACCGUUACCAUAGAGCAACUGCACAUCAUCAUGACAACCGUGCGAGCCAUUAUGGAGUUUGUCGGCGUGGAAGGUGUGGAUUUGGGAGCCGUCUUUCUCCACUACCUUCCCCGUGUCAUAGCCGUGCUCUUCAUCGUGCCGUGGUACAUCAUGGGGUCCCUGUACGUAAAUGCCAUCAUCAUCCGCUUCUACAGUGAGAUGUACAACUUGAAGGACCCUUUUGACGGCAACGCUAUCUGGCAGAAGGCGCGGUGCGCGGUCUCUGCCUUUUGGGCAGUCCAGGCAAAGAUUUUGCACGGUUACGAGAUUCACGGCUAUGAGAAGCUACCAAAGGACGGUCCAGGUCUGAUUGUGUACUACCACGGCACCCUGCCUGUGGACUGUUACUACAUGAUGGCGAGGAUCAACCUGGACCAGGGCAGACCGCUGUGUGCCAUGACCGACCGGUUCAUGUUCAGUAUUCCAGGGUUGAAGUUUAUGAUGGACGCGAUGGGAGUGAACCGAGGCGAGCCUAACCACUGCGUGCAGCUGCUGAAGGCCGGGAACCUGCUGGCCCUGGCCCCGGGAGGCGUGAGGGAGGCGCUGUUCGGAGACAAGCACUACCGCCUCAUCUGGAAGCACAGGAUGGGCUUCGCAAACGUGGCUAAAAGAGCCGACGUGCCUAUCUUCCCAGUGUUCACAGAAAAUUUGCGCGAGGUUUUCCGGACCCCACGAUUCGGGAUACCCUUCCUGGAGUGGGUGUAUGAGAAAACCCGGAUGCCUGUUGUCCUCAUCUAUGGUGGAUUUCCUGUCAAACUCAGGACCUACAUAGGAGACCCUAUCUAUGAUCCUAACCUGUCCGCUCAGGAACUUGCUAAGAAGACCCAUGAUGCUAUAGAGGAGAUGAUCGAACGCCACCAGAGGGUCCCAGGAAGCACUCUCCAUGCCCUUCUGGACAGAUUUCACGGACCCAGCUCCUGUGGGAAGGUCUGAGCUGGUAACCACAGCUUUUUGUAAGAAAUCACCUAAUGUAGCUUUGCUCAUAAAAUCCUACAUCAUUGUUACAGAGAAAGGCUCGAAGGUAGAAUGAUAUCACAGUACCGGUAUUCAUAAAAAUCUGCCUCUGUCAUGGCAGAAGUGUUUUGGAGAUUCUUCAAAGUGCCUUUCUUUUGAAAUGGUGGCCGUGUAAAAUACUUAGUAUAAUCUGAUCAAUAAUUAGGUAGGUAACAUUAGCCGCAAUGUAAAUAUGAAUACAUUUAAAAACUGUUGGAAAAAAAUCUCAUCACAUACAGCAUUUUUGCUUGAAGGAAUGGCUACCAAGAGAUUUGGGUGCGAUUAAGUGCAAUAAUAUCGGAAAUGCCAUCAGAAAUGACAAAUAACAUUCUGGGAUUCCUAAUACAGAGAUUUAAAACUUUAGCUCACAUGCAAAACAUUAGCAAAUAAGACACCUGUUUUCUGUCAAAAGAAACAGCUGUAUAAGGCUGUAAUUUCUUUAGCAUCUUUUUUUAGUUUUCUUCAUGGAGUCAUGUUUGUCAUAAAGAUUAAAAAAUGCAAUUCAUGUCCGUUUUUGUUGUUGCUUGUAAUUGUUAUAUUUGUGUUGCAUUUGUUUACAUAGUCUGGAAAAGACUGACUGACAGAGAGAUUAUUUGUUUACAUCAAUGUAACAUCAUUUUGUAUUCAUAUAUAUUAUUAAUGUUGAUUUGUUUAUGCAAUUCUAUUUUGUCUUGAACAAAAGCGAGGAAAAGGUCUUAUGCCUGUUACUUUUGUCCAACUCGUUUAUACAUGUAUGUAU